GCCCGCCCUCAAACAGGCCGGAAGCGCCGAGAGUAGUGGGGGCAGGCCUAGAGUGGCCAUGGGCUCCAGGUCCCGGUCCAGGGAACGGCGCCGGAGGAGAAGCCGGUCCAGAUCCGAGGAACGGGAGAGGAGGAGGCAGAGGAGGAGGAGGAGAGAGCGGGAUGGAAGCUCUGAGGAAGAGAGCCAGAAAUGGCAGAAGAAAAAAGAGAAAAGCGAGGACCGGCAUGGGAAGAGGCACAAGAAGCGGCGCUCUCGCGGCCGCUCCCCGAGCUUGGAUUCCUCCCCGGAGAGGCGAGGGCGCAGCAGCGAGAGGAGGGGGAAGAGGACCCGGAAGCGCUCCGGGUCCCGGUCUUCGGUGUCCUCGGUGACGUCGCCUUCGCCGUCCCGCUCGCAGAGCUCCCGGGGCGAGGAGCUGAGCCUCCAGGAGCGGCUGCAGCUGAAAGACGACAAGAAGAAGCAGAAGGAGAUGGUCAAGGCCCUCGAGACCCCGGAGGAGAAGCGGGCGCGGCGGCUGGCCAAGAAGGAAGCGAAGGAGCGCAAGAAGAGGGAGAAGAUGGGCUGGGGGGAGGAGUACAUGGGGUACACCAACACAGACAACCCCUUUGGGGACAACAACCUGCUGGGAGCCUUCAUCUGGAGCAAGGCUCUGGAGAAGAAGGGGAUCGGCCAUUUGGAGGAGAAGGAGUUAAAAGACCGGAACAAACGUAUCCAGGAGGAAAACCGACUGGAGCUUCAGAAGGUGAAACAGCUGCGCUUGGAGCGGGAGCGAGAGAAAGCCAUGCGCGAGCAAGAGCUGGAAAUGCUGCAGCGGGAAAAGGAGGCGGAGCAUUUCAAGACGUGGGAGGAGCAAGAGGACAACUUCCACCUGCAGCAGGCGAAGCUGCGCUCCAAGAUUCGCAUCCGGGACGGGCGGGCCAAGCCCAUCGACCUCCUGGCCAAAUACAUCAGCGCCGAGGACGACGACCUUGCGGUGGAGAUGCACGAGCCGUACACUUUCCUGAACGGCCUCACCGUCUCGGACAUGGAAGAUCUCCUGGAAGACAUUCAGGUUUACAUGGAGCUGGAGCAAGGGAAAAACGUGGAUUUCUGGAGAGACAUGACCAUCAUCACCGAGGAUGAAAUCGCCAAGCUCCGCAAACUAGAGGCUUCUGGGAAGGGACCAGGCGAGCGCCGGGAAGGGGUUAAUGCUUCGGUCAGCUCCGACGUGCAGUCUGUCUUCAAGGGCAAGACCUACAACCAGCUGCAGGUGAUCUACCAAGGAAUCGAGGGGAAGAUCCUGGCCGGGGGCCCCAACCUGGACAUCGGCUACUGGGAGAGCCUCCUGCAGCAGUUGAAAGCCUACAUGGCCCGGGCGAGGCUGAGGGAGCGCCAUCAGGACGUCCUCCGCCAAAAACUCUACAAGCUGAAGCAAGAACAAGGAGUCCAGAGCGACCCCCUCUUCCCCAUCAUUAAGAAGGAGGCUUCACCCCCGGGAGCCUGCAGCAGCAGCAGCAGUAGGCUGGAGCCGGACGACAGCGCCCAGGCGCAGCCCAGCACCUCUUCGGCUGAGCCCGGGGGGGCCGAGCCCGAAUCGGAGGUCAAGGCGGAGGGAGACGGAGAGGCGGUGCUGAUGGAGGAGGACCUGAUCCAGCAGAGCCUGGACGACUACGACGCCGGCAAGUACAGCCCCCGCCUGCUGACGUCCCACGAGCUGCCCUUCGACGCCCACGUGGUGGAGGCAGACGAAGACUUUCAGCGCCUGCUGCUCUCCCGGCAGCAGCUCCAGGUCACAGGCGACGCCAGCGAGAGCGCCGAGGACAUCUUCUUCCGCCGCGCCAAGGAAGGGAUGGGGGCGGACGAGGCCCAGUUCAGCGUGGAGAUGCCGCUGACGGGCAAGGCCUACCUGUGGGCCGACAAGUACCGGCCCCGCAAGCCGCGCUUCUUCAACCGCGUGCACACGGGCUUCGAGUGGAACAAGUACAACCAGACGCACUACGACUUCGACAACCCUCCGCCCAAGAUCGUGCAGGGCUACAAGUUCAACAUCUUCUACCCGGACCUCAUCAACAAGCGCUCCACGCCCGAGUACUUCCUGGAGGCCUGCCCGGACAACAAGGACUUCGCCACCCUCCGCUUCCACGCCGGGCCGCCGUACGAGGACAUCGCCUUCAAGAUCGUCAACCGGGAGUGGGAGUACUCCCACCGGCACGGCUUCCGGUGCCAGUUCGCCAACGGCAUCUUCCAGCUCUGGUUCCACUUCAAACGAUACCGGUACCGGCGGUGAGCGGGGGGAGGGGGCU